UAGAAUAGUAAAGAAAACCCUAGCAGCCUAACAUAAAAGCUUUAUAUCACGCCUCCGUUGCUUCAUUUCGCACCCGUCUGCUUACACCCUUCUUCAUACUCCGCAGAUUCACAGCCUCUCUCUCUCAAAGAUGAAGGUGAUCGCUGCUUAUUUGCUGGCUGUGUUGGGCGGCAAGACCAGCCCUACUGCCGAAGACAUCAAGAGCAUCCUUGGCGCCGUUGGUGCUGAAGCAGAUGAUGACAGGCUUCAGUUUCUUCUCAAGGAAGUUCAGGGUAAGGACAUAACAGAGCUUAUUGCCUCUGGAAGGGAGAAGUUGGCUUCUGUUCCAUCUGGUGGUGGAGGUGCUGUUGCAGUGGCUGCCCCUGCUGCUGCUGGUGCUGCUCCUGCUGCAGCUGAGGCAAAGAAGGAAGAAAAGGUUGAGGAGAAAGAGGAGUCUGAUGAUGAUAUGGGCUUCAGUCUGUUUGACUAGGGUGGUUGGAAUACGUGCGUACUGAGAACCAUUUUCUUAUUCAAGUUAAAUAGAGAUUUUUGUUUGCUGGAGUGUACUUUUUGGUUAUUGUAGAAGAUGAUGCGGUUAUUGUGGAUUUGAAUGCACUUAGCUAUCUAUAUUUAUUCUCAAUGAAAACUGUCUUAUCUCUA